AUGUCGGACGCCGAGGAGGAGCCGAGCAACCAGCGCGCGCUGCUGAUCCCCGUCAAGAACUCGGAGCAGGCGGUGGAGGUGUUCGUGGACGAGCUGCCCGAGGACGUCAACGACAUCAUCGACAUCCUGCGCGCCGAGGUGGCGCCGCUCGACGUCUGGCUGCAGUUCGCCGUGGAGUACUACAACCAGGGCCAUGUCGCGCAGUUCCAGGAGAUUCUGGCGGUGGCCUCGGAGCCGGGUAUCGAGGAGAUCUACAAGGACAACGCGUCCCGCAUGUGCCGCAUCAAGUUCUUCAUCGCGCUCGCCAGCCACGCAGUCAACGCCAUGUGGAACGAGGAGGACGAGAAGAAGCGCGAGGCCAUCUCACAGCGCGCCGUGGGAUUCUUCCAGCGCGCCGAUCGCCUGGAUCACCAGCACCCCAUGACGCUCGUGGGCAAGGCGCUCAUGUUCAUGGCCAAGAACGAGGACGACCGCGCCGACAGAUUCGUCAAGAGCGUGCUCAUCUCCAACAAGACGAACCUGCCCGCCAUCCUGGGCAAGGCACUGCUGCUGUACCGCAAGAAACAGUACAAGGACGCCAAGAAGCUCUAUCUAGAGGCCAUCAAGCUGCACCCGCGUAGCCCGCAGGCUGCUAACAUGCGCAUGUGCUUCGCGUACUGCUGCUACCAUUUGGGAGCCGUGGAGAAGGCGCGUGCGGUCAUGCGCUACACGGCGUCCCUCGAUGAAACCAAUGUGGAUGCUGUGAUUGCCAGUGCGUUGUGGCAGCUUGCGAGUCAGAGCCGCGAGGAACGCGCGGUCAGCAUUCGCGACGAAAGCUCACGCUUUAUGAUGAUGAUUCACCACGCCCACGCGAUUGACAAGACGAACCCCACGGUUCUGAACCACUUAGCGAACCACUACUUCUCGCAGUGGAUCCCGCUGCCUUGCACAGUGAGUGUGGUGCGUGGAUCGGCUGUCGUGUCCACGUCCAAGGACAUUUCCAGUGAAGUAUCACCGGGACAGAUCAUCUGUAUCGGUGACAAGUAUGUUGCCUACAUCAGUCGUGACGAAGACGCUGUGUCAUCGUCCGGGCUGAAGCUUGAUGGUCCGUAUCGUGAUGAGUCUGCAAGCGCUACGAACAUUGCACGAAAGGAUUACGAUAAGAUGUUCACUCUUGCUGGCAACGCCUUCCACAGCACUAAGAUCCCGGAAAUCCGGUCUGAGAGCUGUUACCUGAUGGGACGUGGUUGCCACGCUCAGGGCAAGUACAAGGACGCUUACAGCUACUACUUCAACGCCGGACGCCUCUGGCCCAAGUUCGUACUCCCAUGGUUUGGUCUGGCACAAAUGUACUACGAACGCAAGGAAUUUACGAAGGCCGCGUCUUACUUGGAAAAGGCAAACAAGGCAUACCCGGAAAACGUGGAGAUCCUGUCGCUACUUGGCGAUAUCUACGGUAAGCUGGGCAAAAAAGACGAGGCCGUUGUGUUGCUCCGCCGUGUCGUAGAACUGGAGCCAGGCAACGUGGAGGCUCUGAUCGGUACAGCUGAGCUACUUCACGGAUCGCCAGAGCGCAAAGACCAGAUUAUUGCGAUCUCUUCGUAUAUUGCUGCGGAGAAGGUGAUGAACAACGCCUCUGAACGCGUGCCGAUGGAAGUAUACGUCAACCUUGGUGUGCUUCAGCAACGCGUGGGCAAGACGGCUGAUGCUAUCAAUUGCUUCAAGAAGGCACUGAAGCAACUGGGGGACGAUAGCAGUGCUGACGAAGAAAGCAAAUCGGAGGAGGCUGACGCUUUGGCGGAGGAGAACUCCAUUCCCAAACCAUCGGAGGCGAAUGUUACGAUUCUGUACAAUAUGGGCCGGGUGUACGAGGAAAUGGGCAACCGCGACCGCGCCAAGAAGCUGUAUGAUGCGAUCCUCGAGGUAUUUCCUCGGUAUACCGACUGCUUGCUGCGCCUUGGUUGCAUGCUGCGUGAUCGUGGCCAAGAUGCCGACGCGAUCAAGAUGUUUGACAAAGUGCUGGAGGUCGACCCGACGUGUGCUGAAGCCUGCUUGCUGCAGGGUAAUAUUCAUUUGAAGAAGCGCGAAUGGGUGUUUGCUCAAAAGAAGUACGAAAAGGUGAUGGGGAUGCCUGGUCUGAAGAACGACCCGUACGCUUUCUUGUCGAUGGGUAACAUUUUCAUGAGCAACCUUGGCGAGAAGAACCGCUACACCAAGAACAUGUCGCUGAGUGAAGUUUACUACAAGAAGACGCUGGCAGCCCACCCGCACAACAUCUACGCCGCAAACGGACUGGGAAUUAUGAUUGCUGAGAAGGGCAACUUUGAGCUGGCCAAGCAGAUUUUCUCACAAGUUCGAGAGGCCAGUCCGGACAUGCCAGACGCCUGGAUUAACCUUGCGCAUAUCUUCGUAGCCGAAGAGCGCUACCAGGAGGCCAUUCAGCUCUACACCGUGUGCCUGACCAAGUGCUACCAGGGACAGGAUCUCGAGGUUUUGUUGUACCUUGCUAAGGCCUACUACGAGUCGAAGGACUUCCCGAGCUGUAUUUCCACGCUGUCUCGUGGACUGCACAUGUACCCGAACGACCUGCGCUUGUGGUACAACUCGGGUCUCGCUCAGGAAGACUAUGCCGUGACAACGUUGGGGCAGGAAACUGUUGCUACGCGAUCAGGCAGUGGCAGUGCAGUGCCGCAACAGCGAACGAUGGCCGACGUGCAGCGUGCUAUCCUUGAUCUAAAGCGAGCACAACGCAUCUUCUGCUUCCUACUGCAGCAAGCCGAUGCAGCUAGUAGCUCAAGUUCCGGCGAGAAGAAGAAGCACCACAACAACUUGCCUUUCGAUAAGGAGAAG